AUGUCUCUUAAAGAACAGAAGGAGCAGUUUGUGCUGAACCUCAAUGGCGGACUGGUGGAAGAAAUCUACUACGUCACAGGUGUGGCGCUAGCUGGCUACGUGGCACAUGCAAUCUUCAAAAAGUACCUUCUUCCAGGCCUCAAUUGGGCCAGAUCAGGGCCUCUUCUUUGUGCCAUUGAGUUCUUCUUUGAUGAACUUUUGCUUCUUCAGGCAAUCACCGUCUACAGCUCCCAGGUUGACAAAAUCUACCUCAACGCGUUGGGGCUUGCGUUUUUGAUCUUCGUCUAUGGAAUGGUGAACAAGGGCUACAAGAAGACGCCUAAGAAACAGAAGUCUGAGGAAUUCCUCCCAAAGAAAUCCUUCAUCACGGCCUACAGAGCCCACAUGCUUGUGAUUACAAAUCUUGCUAUUUUGGCUGUCGAUUUUCACGCGUUUCCUCGUCGUUUUGCUAAGGUGGAGACGUGGGGAACCUCUUUGAUGGAUUUAGGCGUGGGAUCUUUUGUGUUUUCCAUGGGUCUUGCCAACUCACGCGCCGUGAUUAAGAGAAAGUUGGUCUUGGGCCAAAAAGGUGUCAGUUACGGCAAGCUUUUGGUCGGAAACACCAUCAAGGCUUUGCCAGUAUUGGGAUUAGGUGUAGCUCGUCUAGUGAGCGUGAAAACGUUGGGAUACCAGGAACACGCUUCUGAGUACGGUAUCCACUGGAACUUUUUUAUGACCUUGGGCCUUUUGCCCAUUGUGUUGGGUAUCUUGGAUCCCAUCUUGAACUUGGUUCCUCGGUUCAUCGUAGCAUUGGCUAUCGGGUGCCUCUACGAGUGGACCUUGAACAACACCGGUCUUCUUGCAUUCAUCUUAGACGACGAUAACCGUUUUGAAUCGCUUUUCGCAAUGAACAAGGAAGGAAUGUGGUCCUUCUGUGGGUACUUGAGUAUCUUCAUCUUUGGCCAGUCCUUUGGCUCCUUCGUUCUCACGUCUAAGCCUACGCCCAACAAUCUCUGGGGCUCAUACUCCAAGGGUAAAGGCAUUCACCUUUUCACCGUCUCCACUACGGAGGGAUUGUUCUUCAUGAGUGUCAUCACUCAAGGCCUCUUCUACGUCGCUAAGGAAUCGUUUUCUACCGGUUCUAUUUCCCGUCGUUUGGCUAACCUUCCCUACGUUCUUUGGGUCGUCAGCUAUAACGCCGCGUUUUUGCUUGGCUACGAUUUGGUGGAAAGACUAAUUGGCCCAUUGAGUCUGUCUGUGCUAGAUUCAAUCAACGCCAAUGGCCUCGCUAUAUUCCUUUUGGCCAAUUUACUCACUGGUUUGGUCAACAUGACCAUCAAUACUUUGGAGCUUGCACAAAACUUCACGUAUUUGCUUUUGAUCGGAUACGCUUUGGUGUGGACUUCAGUGGCGGUGUUGUUGCAUAAAAAAAAGAUAUACAUUAAGCUUUAG